AUGCUUGAAGAAAACGAUGACGAUUAUGAUGGCCCUGACGCAUAUGUCGACGAGGAAGAUGAUGCCGUCUUGGAUUUAGAGGACUUACAAGACUCGAUACAGGAGCGCACAGGAGUCGCACAGGAAUCACCUAUGUUGCGCCAAAUCUUACUAUCGUUAUUUAACCCACAAAAUACACACCAGACUGACACUAGUGAUGGUGACGGUAAUGGCAGUGAACCCCGACAGCUCAGGGCCAUCAGUAUCCAGGACUUGCAGCGUUUGCUGAAUUCACAUCCUGCGGAGUCUGAUUAUGAAGAAGAAGAUGACGACGAAAUCGAAAAUGUAGGGGAGUGGCACCAGUCGUGGUUCCCCCCGCACAAGGAACCUCAACAGCCAGGGGUCGAGCUCCUCAUGGGAGGAGAAUUUGGUUCUGUGAGUUCGAAUAUCAGGAGCAGGAGAAACAAGAGGAGUAUUUCGCAAAUGAUCUUCGAUCAGUCCUCGCGACCCCGAGGAGCAAUUUCUAGAGAGCAUAUGACUAGUGAGCUCAUUCCGAACACGAACGGAAUUGCUGUUGCAUCCUAUGCCGCAAAUGUUUAUAGUGGGCAAUUCUCGAAAGAUUCUUCGUUUUACUACACCUGCUGUCAAGAUUUUCGUCUUCAUAUCUAUGACAUGACUUCGCCUCCUUCGCCAUACGUGAAACGGUCAAGGAACAUAUGGCGCAGUGCUACAGGUGUUUGGGAUGAUAAUGACCGCGACCAUGACACAACCCUCAAGAUAUUAAAGACUAUACAGGGGUGUCCUGGUCGUUGGACUAUUACAGAUUCUCAUUUGAGUCCUGACAACGAAAGGCAAGCGAUUGCAUCUUUCCUUCCAACCAUGCUUACGUCACCCACGGUGUACAUGACAAGCACACUUGACUCAUCAGUCACUCAGACUCCCAUCAGCUUUCAGGAACCUAAUCAACGUCAACGGGCUCGCCCACACUGGGGCUGGGAUGAUGAAGACUCGUUUGGCAUCUGGAGCUGCAGGUUUUCCGCAGAUGGAAAUGAGGUCGUGGCUGGUGGCAGCGGUCAAAUAUUUGUAUAUGAUCUCUUGGCUGACCGUAGGACAGUCAAGAUUAUUGCACAUGAAGACGACGUGAACAGCUGCUGCUGGGCUGACACUGCAUCGGGGAACGUGCUAAUCAGUGCCUCUGACGACACUUUUUUGAAAGUCUGGGACCGGCGUUCAUUAGGUGCAUCACAGAAACCGUCAGGAGUCUUGGUGGGACAUACAGAGGGUAUCACCAACGUCUCAGCGAAAGGUGAUGGUCGUUAUAUCAUCUCGAAUGGAAAGGAUCAGGCACUACGAUUGUGGGAUUUGCGGAAGAUGUGCAGCAGCGAGGACUUCGACAAUGGUGCUAGCCGCGUCUAUAGGACACAUGGAUUUGAUUACCGCUAUGGUAAUUACCCGAAACCAAAACGUGCUGCACACCCGCGUGAUUGUAGCGUCAUGACCUACAGAGGUCAUGCUGUCUUACGCACACUUAUCCGAUGUCACUUUAGUCCGGCUGAGACGACAGGUGGACGAUACAUCUACUCUGGUUCAGCAGAUGGGAAAAUACACAUAUGGUCGCUCGACGGACGCAUAGUUCAGGUUCUGGAUCGCUCGAAAACAUCAGCUAUGACAUCUGAUCCCUCGGAGGUGUGCACACUCCCCAAUAGCGCCCGCAGCACAGUUUGCGUGCGAGAUGUCAGCUGGAAUGGCAAUGAACCAAUGAUGAUGAGCGCUGGUUGGGACGGGGGUCAUUCAUCGUCGAAGAGCGUUGUUGCGCGUCAUGAAUGGAGGGGUCUCUCUAAUAUGUCGUACGGUCUGGAGGAUUGGAUAGAAAAGCAGAACAUAGAGCGUGACGAACGAGCUACGCGCACCAGACAAACACUACGAUCAGGCCUCAGAGGAGCUUCCAACUUCAUACGGUAUGCAACAAGCAGCAAGAUAGCCCUUUCUUCAUCCCUCUAUGGAUUCCCUCCAGGAUACUUUGUGAUUCGUAACCUUGGAAAUGGUAGGCUAUGGGACGUGUGUGGAGAUGAUGUAGAAGAUAGCGCUGAGAUUCUACUCUGGCCAGAGAAAGAGAAGUCUUUAGUUGAAACCUUGAGAAAUCCGGAUGCUAAUAAUCAGGUAUUCUUCAUUGAUACAUCGGGCGCUCUUUGUUCGAGAUCAUCAGGACAUGCAAUCGAUAUCGAAGGGGACCGUUUGGUACUUCGGCAUCGCCGACCCAUCUCCCAGCCAUAUCCAAAUGAAUACUCGCAUCCUCUACCGCGUUUCUCCUACUCCUCAGAAACCCAGCAGAUCACUGCAUCUUUCCAGUGUGAUCCUGCAUACCCUCCGCCAGCCGCGCAAAACUCCAUCGCGUGGAUGCGAAAGACAUACGUCCUGUCCUCAAUUCCAAUGCCCAAACCAAAGUCACUGUUAGACAACGCAUCGGCUUUCCUAAGUUCUGCUGUCACAACACCAAUUUCGUUUUUCUCUGGUGGCACAGCACAGCGGAAGGCAACUCCUGAGGAUGUUUUCAGUGGGGAUAUAGACCUCACCGAAGACGAAACUCUAGAACAGGAUCGAGGUGUAGAAGGCGACGCAGACGACUCCUCCGAGCUCCUCAGAAAACUCAGAGUUUUGACGAUCAGUCAGCGGGAUGCUCCUCCAGAGGGCGAGAGUGCUAGAAAACGUCGUCAAUGGCAGAUUUUGCCCUUGCGUACAUCAGCUGCUCAUCGGAGACUGUUGAAGUGA